GUUUCAUUUUUUAUAAUGUAUCCUUUACUCAACCAGAGAUAUGGUUUCCUCUUUUAUAAUUUAUCCUUUACUCAACUAGAGAUCAGUAAAUCAAUACCGAAGUACAUAACUAUUGAAGGACAUACGCUUGGAAUUAAUCAUCUACAGUUUGUUGAUAAAGGGGAGAUUAUUCAUACAGAAAAGAUAUAUGUUGUAAUAAACAAUUCAGUGUUGAACAAUGUGUUCACCCUGGUGAUGACCCUGAUGAUUAUCGUGAACACUGUGAACAUGGGUGCACAGUUAGACCUGGAGAUAAUCAAGGAAGUGUUUAAGAAACCAAUAGGAAAAGUUACAGACGAUAUGCUCUUCAGGUUGGGUUUGUUUGUUCUUGGUUGUUCUCCAGGAGGAAACGGUUCCAACUUCUGGACUCUACUCCUAGACGGAGAUAUUAAUCUUUCAAUUACAAUGACAUUUAUAAGUACCAUUGCUGCUCUUGGUAUGAUGCCUCUGUGGAUCUAUCUGAUGGGUCCGCUCCUAACUGACGGAGAUCUUGUCAUUCCUUUCGGUCAGCUCGUCUUCUCAUUAAUAGGCCUUAUUCUGCCUAUUGCUGUUGGAAUGUGGAUCAGAUGGAAGUGGCCUAAAGCUGGUGUAUUCAUGGAGAAAAUUAUUGUUCCCUUCACACUCCUCACCGUCAUCUUCAUACUCACAGCUGGCGUCUACAUCAACAUCUUCAUCUUCAAGAUGAUCACCUCCCUCAUGGUCGCUGCGGGGUUCGUCGUCGCAAUAUCAGGAUAUAUCAUGGGAGCAGCACUAGCUUGGAUAUUUAGAUUGCCCUUGAAGCAGAUAACAGCUGUUUCUAUCGAGACAUCGUUUCAAAAUGGCGGAAUAGCAUUUGUGCUGCUUAAAAUGAGUUUUCCAGAACCAUUAGGCGAGCUGGCUUCUGUAGCUCCAAUAGCUCAGCUCAUGAUCACAGGAUUACCACUCUGGGCAUUCUUUGCAGCUCUCAAGAUUUAUCAAAAAUGGUUCAAGAAAAAUACAAAUUAUGAUGCAGUUACAAAGUAGAAAACUACAGAUCUUUUUUGUUUUGCAAUAAUUUUCGUAUAUCCUGCUUAUCUAAAAACUUAUUUAAGCAAGUCAAUUUUAAAGCCAUCAUCUUGACAAAGUAAUGUAAUUUUUGCCCAAAUGGUCAACAAUUCUUAUUUUGUAAUUUAUUUGUGAAUAAAUAUGUUUGGUAAAAUA